AUGGAUCUCUCACGUAUAAUAAACGCCAACAUUGACGGUCGUAGCCAGAAUACGCGAUACCGCCAAUCACAGUUCCAUCGCCUCCAGUCUACCCUUGUGGAGCACAUCGCUGAAAUCCAAGAUGCAAUUCGCGCUGACUCCGGUCAUACACAGCAGGAAAUCCGAGCGGAGGUCGUGCUGGCCCUGCAGGAGCUUCGCACACACUAUUCCUCAUUGAAUCUUACCAAAGACUUGGAAGUUGAAUAUCGCAUCGCGCAAGGAAAGGACAACUUGGAUGGCUCGCGCGGUGUAGGCAUCGUGUAUAUUGUGCCAUGCGUUCAUACUUUGUUCUUCUCGGUCAUCUCGGCUUUGACCGCGGCGCUUGCGGCAGGAAAUUGUAUUGUUCUUGAGCUGCCACAAACAAUGUUGGCCCUUCCUGCUCUUCUGCGCCAGAUUCUACCGGAGGCAUUAGACCAUGACACCUUCGCCAUUACCGCUCAACGGCCCGAUAAUUCGUUCUUAAACAAGGCAUUGAUGGUUAACCAGACCGAGUCUGAUGCACCAAAUGGUCUCCUAUCUCCGGCAACAGCAAGGACAGUCGCAAUUGUCGAUCGUACAGCAAAGAUUGUGGAAGCUACACAGUCAUUGGUGGCAGCACGAUUUGCACUGGGAGGCCGAUCCCCGUAUGCGCCCGAUGUAGUGCUGGUAAAUGAGUUUGUGAUAAAGCCUUUCGUGGAGUCAGUCAUUCAGCAUGCAUCCAAGUAUCUUGCUGGUGAAAAUGGCGAGGCGCGGCAAGGAUCUGGCUCGUCUCGACGAUCGGGAUUACUUGAAUCAAUCUCCAAGGACCGAGGUGCACGAGUGCUGGUUUCUGGAAGCAACUGGGCCAUUGUGGAAGUUCAAGAUCGGAAUUCACCUUUGCUCAAGCAGAAGAUUGAUGAGAAGGUAUUGCUGGUGCAUCCCAUCACCAGUUUGGACGAUGCCAUUGAUAUCAACUUCAACCAAACCUUGGCUGCAACUUAUGCUUUUGCGGCUCCAGCCUCGGCCAAAUAUUUGACUCAAUUUAUCGAUGCCGACAUCUCGUGGGUCAACCAUGUCCCGGCCCACAUGCUAGUUGGACCGGCCAUUCCCAGAAACUCACCGUAUGAUGUGCACACCCGUUAUGCGACCGGACAAUUCCAGCGACCGCGGCCCCAAUUAAUCUCGGUCUCGGCCCCGGCACAGACGGCUCAGAUCAUUCUUGAGAGUGCGAAUACGGUUAAAUCCGACUUACUCUGGCGACAAGCCAUUGCUCCAUUACCUUCUACAAAUCAGCGACCGGGAUUUAAGAUUGGGUACUUUGAACAGGGGAUCAUCACUGGUGGAGUGCUCACGUUGGCAUCGGUAGUCGCCACAUUGUCUACACUGGGUUAUUAUACAUGGGUUUUUGUGCGGACGCGAGCCUAG